UACUUAUAUAUAGAUAUAAAAUGUAAGUAAAUUUUUGUUUGUAUGAAAUCAUCAGCUAAACGUUUUUUGUCAUUAAAAAACCGCACGUGUCGCUUGAAAGGAUUGUUACGAUUAAUAACUUCCUUUAAUAUCAAAACAGCAUUAAAGGAAUGAAUUCGAGAGAAUCCAUGAUGAUUUUUCCGGAAGAAAUAUGGGAGGAAAUAUUUAAAAAGAUUGACGACGUUGCUGAUUUAAUAAAACUUCAAUCUGUAUGCGUGAGUUUCAAUAAAUGGAUAAGAAGACUAUUGGAACGAGAUGUCAAUUGGAAGAAACGGUGUCAAGCUAUUUCAGACCAGGGUCACUAUGAAAUUUUUACCAAAGUCUAUCCAAAUUUGAUUCAUGAUAUCGAUUCAUCUUGGAAAAAUGACAUUGAUAAUUGUGACUGGCGGAAAAUUUUCAUGUCUUGGAAAAAAUGGAAUUUUUCCUUACAUCGAGAAGUGUUUAUUGAUUCGGUUUAUGAUUUUCCGACGUUUUCCAGAAACGAAGUUAUCACUUGCAUAGAUGUCUGGGGUGACAUUGUAGGUACAACGACCAGUGAAGGAUUAAUUUACUUUUGUAAAACUUAUGAACCAGGUAAAAUUAUUUACAGAGCUGAUCACAAAGCAGAAGUUCGACAAAUUAAAUUCUGGUAUACAGGUAAUGAAUUGUUAGCUGUCACUUGUUCAAUAUAUGAAAAAAUAAAAUUUUGGAAUGUUUUUGAAAAAAAAGAAAUAGAUACUAAUAAUUGCUUCGGCGGUAGAAUUCUCAGUAUCAAUCGGAAUUGUUGUUAUUUGACGUAUAAUAACUAUUUAAUACGCACAAAAUAUUGCACCGUGAAUAAUUUAAUCAUUCCUGAUUCAGUAUCUUCAAUACUACUAAGUCCACAUGAAGAAAUCAUCGCAACUUAUUCAUCAGAUGAAUCUACUAGUAUAAUAACGAACGUGAAGUCUGUAAUCAGUAGAUAUGUAAUCAAUACUGCAAAUACUGAGGAUGAAGUUGAUGAUUUCAGUAUUGAAUUGGACAAUGAUUUAGAAAAUGCAGUUGUGAAAAAGUUCUAUGCACUAUCACCCAAUGUUAUGGUUGGACUAUGUGAUCAUUUACUGGCGGUCAGUAUUGAUAAUAAGCCUUGGAAAGUUUACAACGUCUUUAAGCACUUUCUGUCUAUUGUUACUGCGAUUAUUUACCAUGCUAACAUUUUAAUCUUAGGUUUUGAUUCAGGAUAUGUUGCUCUCUUUCGUUUAAAAAAUCUUCAAGAUUUAUUAGACUUUAAUUUUACAACACAAUUCUCCAAAAAAAUAAAAGUUGAUGGCCAACCUAUUAUUUCAUUGAAUGUGACAGAUAUCCAAGAUGAACAAUUUAUUAUUUCAACUAGUGAGAAAAAUUUUCAUGUUAUGAGAUUUUUCAAGUCAACAUGUGAUGCAACAAAAAUUGAAAGUCAAGUUUAACACUUUAAUUAAUAGCUAAAAUUCAAAUUCAUAUAUCUAUAAUCGCUGUAAAGCAUAAAAU